AUGAAUUUCAAUCACAACUGUUUUAUAUUAUAUUUAUUAUUCAUAAAAUCAUGUGUUUUCUCUAAAUCAAUACCAAAAAAGGACCAAAUCUUGUUAGAUUUGAAUGAUACCAUAAAGAAGGCAAGAGGAACAAUAAAAGAAUUUGAGGAACUAUAUAAGCUUACAAAGACCGAAGUUGCUAAAUUUAAGGAUGUAAUUAAGGACCUUCCUAACAACAACUACACACAUGAACGAUUCAUCCAAGUAGCUGAACCUGCAAAUGAGGGGAAAAUAAGGGAGAGUCUGUACGUUACUCAACUUAAAAGAUCUACACCUCAGUCAAAAAUAUCAAUAGAUGUCAAAGAGAACGUCGACGAUAUAGUUAACAACACUUCUGAACUUGCCUCAUUUACAGAUGAAUCAGAUGAAGACUACUUCGAAAUUCAAAGAUUAAUAACUCCUAAGCAGCCAGUCAAAGUCGACACAUCUGGUGAAAAAAAACCAGAGUUAGAGCUAAGCCAUAUACUACCUAUUAGCAACAAUCAUCAAAAAUUAUUAAUUAACACACUCGUUUUAGAUCUACAAAUUCCGUUGCCAAAGUCGUUUGCGAGAAUUCUAACACCGCCUAACCUCAUAAUUUACUGGGCUCACUAUAUGUGUUAUUAG